AUGGACACCACUUUGAGACAAGAAAAUACCUCGAAAGAGUCAAAACUCUCAAUGACCGCGAAUUUGCCCAAUCUGCAAGCUCAGGAAGAAGUCGCGGAUACCUCAAAGCACUCGGUUCAUUCCGUCUGGUCUCGGACAUCUACACUUGAGUUUCACCACGAGCCCUUCGAAGAAUUCAAGCCACUCGUUGAGCAGCUGUGCUUAACAAUAUGGCCAAACUCUAUGAGAGUUCCAACCCUCGAUUACCUUCUAGGCAAUGUCUUUACGGGCUUUCUACGAAGGAAGACCUCUUCUCGCACAGCUAGCCUUUUUUCAUCCAAUACCUUCCAUGUCGAGCGUCUCUCGGGCGGCAGCUUCAAUCGAAUCAUCGGCAUCACAGUCACCAAAGCAAAGUCGCAAGACGCGAUUCGAUACAUUCUGAGAGUGCCACGUUUCGAAAGCGCCCGUCCAAAUCAAGAAGUCGCAAUCGUAGAAUAUGUUCACCAGUAUUCCACAAUCCCUGUGGCAAGAGUCGUCGCCAUGGACUUCACAGCGAACAAUCCUCUCAAGCGUCCAUACGUGGUGCAAAAUAGGAUACCUGGCUUCGACUUACAGUCAAAGAAACAAAACUUCACACAGCUGACUCAUGAGCAGCAAUGCACUUUCUCGACCGAGUUCGGUCGCAUAUUGCGUAAGCUGCAAGAGAUGGGCCAUUCCACACCGGGUCAGGUCGAUAUUGCCGCCAACCAAGACGGCAGUCAAAACUACAACGUCCGCGCCUUUGAUGUCGAUGCCGACCCUUUUGGUGACAAUCCAGAACUGGAUGAUAUCAGUCUAGCAGCACAGGCGCCCAAUCACUGCUCUACGCUCGAGUUCUUCCUAUCACAAUUUGGAAGGUGGAAAGCCGCCGCUUCAAAGCACGAUGAUAGUAUCAAAGCCGAUUACAUGAAGUGUCUCGCAGCUGUAGCGACUCAGAUGAACGAAGUUGGCUUUUUAGGUGACAACGAGAAUUGCCUAUGCCAUCUAGACCUCAAUCACGCCCCUCAAAACAUAAUGGUCAAUAUACAAGACAGUUCACUCUCGGUCUCUGGUAUUCUGGAUUGGGACAGCGCAGUGUUCGCCCCUCGAUUCGUAGGCUGUGUUCCGCCGAUGUGGAUCUGGGCGUGGGACUUUGAGGAAGACGAAGACGAGGCUCAUGCCAACGAUACACCAAACAGUCUCAAACAGCAAGAACUGAAGCAGUUGUUUGAAGAUGCCGUUGGAGAAAGGUUUCUAGGCUUCGCGUACCCGCCACAAUACCGGAUUGCUAGGAGGCUAUUCAAGUUCGCUCAGCAGGGGAUGAAUGCCAGCUGGCAUAUAGAGGAUGCUGACAGAUUGAUCAGCGAGUGGGCUCAGAUACGUCCUUCACACCUGCCAGAGAUUCGAAAUCCUUUUGACGAGUCUGAUUCGUCGAGCGAUAGUGGCGAUGACAGCACUGAGUCCUAG